AUGGAGAAUGAAUUUCUUAAUAAAGUUGAGGAUAAUACAGCCAUUCGCGCAUGGUCAGAGAAGCUACAAUCGGAGAAAGGGGAUAGCUUGGCAGAAGGAUAUAUAUCAGAGUUACAGGAAUUCACUCGCGUCAAUGUAGCACAGAAUGAGUUGCAAGAGUUGGGAGAUAUAUGGGCUCGUUGGGAUGAAGGGACUAAACAGUUGUUCUAUCAAAGCUAUGGUGAUAUAUCCUACUUGCUAGACAUUAGAGUGGACAAACAUCUGUUCCGAGUUAUGGUGCAAUUUUGGAAUUCUGCUUACAAGUGUUUCACUUUUGGAGAAAUGGAUUUAGUACAGACCAUGAAGGAAUAUACUGCCCUACUCAGGUGCCCGAAAGUUCAAGUUAGAAAGACUUAUGCCAGGGUUUUUAAUGGUCAGACUUUCGCGAAGAAAUUGAUGAACAUUUCAGGGAUGAGCGAGACUUGGGUCACUGCUCGAAUUCAACAAAAAGGAGAUAGUAAAUGUAUCCCUUGGGAGAAUUUGCGAGAUUUGGUUUUAACACAUCCAUAUGAAAGAAAGAGGGUUGAUAUCUUUGCGUUAAGCAUCUAUGGAUUGGUGAUUUUUCCUAAGGCUUUAAGGUACGUGGAUGAGGCAGUUGCUGACUUAUUCGUUCGUCUUGAGAAGGGAAUCACACCUGUACCGGCAAUAUUGCCUGAGACGUUCAGAUCCCUAAGCACGUGUCAGAAAACAGUGGAGGGGCGGUUUAUUGGAUGUGUACAACUAUUGAUGGUGUUGUUUCAUGGACACUUUUGGAAAGUAGACAAGGUUUCUUAUCGGGUCUUUUUUGAAGGUUAUUCCCUAUUAAAAGAAGAGGCAGCCAUACAAAGGAGAGAGGAUAUCUCGAAGGAAAAGUGGAUGGAAAUUCUUCAAAACCUCAAGGAGGGGGAUAUCGAGUGGAGAGCUUAUUGGAUGGUUCUUGAUGGGAUCAUGUAUCGAUGUGGGAACUUUGAUUGGGUGUCGUUGUUAGGAAUUUGGGGAGCUACUGGGUAUACUCCAUUGCUUACGUUAAGGCAAUUUAAAUCGAGGCAGUUUGUACCCACGACCUACGGACUUCCUCACUGUGAAUUCUCCUUUAAAGGUACCCACUACAAGAAGAAAGUUCGGGAGCUAUCGGAUGCUUGGAAGCAAACUCGCUGGAUGAAGAGGUUGGCUGUCGGUUCCAUGGUGACGCCUGAGUAUGAUGGAUGGUUUAGGAAGAGGGUUAAUGAUAAUGUUCCUAGGCCGAGCUUGGAAGAUUCCCGACCUAUGGUAGAACAAUUACAAAUCGCCCCGUCAGAGUUGGAAAUUAUAAAGCAAUACUUCAAGAAGAAGAGUUCAGAGUUUGGGAAAAAGAUUGAACAAUUGGAGGAAAAGAAGAUGCACCUGAGAUUAGACGCCGAUGUCCAGAGGUCAGACGCUGAGAAGUGGAUAAAAGGGAAAACCAAGGCCGAAGAAGAUCUAGACAGCUUGAAGACUGAUUAUAAAAAGCUACGCCUGUCUAUGAGGACUGUGGGGUUAGAUAAAACUUCCGAACAAUGGUGUCAUGAAAUUCGAGAGGAAAAGACCAAGGCCGACAGAUAG